AUGGGGGAUAAAAAACAAGAAACUGGCUAUGAAGCGUUAUUGAACCAUUACGUAAGUGUUAUUUACAGAAAAAUUUCGAGAAUCCUUCUCAAUUUUCAGCUAGAAGUGUUUUAUCUCACGGCAGCACAAGUAGCGGUUUUCUAUGUUGGUUUGGCAAUUUAUCACUUUUGCGUUUUCAAGAGAAAAUUGGCCAGGGAAGUCGCAAAAGCUUUGGAAACACAAGAACGAUUGGAACAUCUGUCGCUUCUCAGAACUGAACAACAUACAUCGGUAAAUUUAUUCAAAGUUGAUAAUUGAAUUCAUAAUUGAUUUAUUCCAGGCCCAGAAAAGUUUGAAAUCGGAGAUAACUCAAGAAUCCGAAAAACCCAAAAAACCAACAAAGAAAGCAGCGAAGAAUGGAAAGAAAAAUGAAAAGGAGAAAAAGCUGAAAGUGGAGGCAAAAAAGAAGAAACCAAUGAAAGAUAUAAUUGAAGAUACACAAGAAGACAGUGCUUCGGAAUUGCUUGGAAAUCCAACUCAAAUGACAAGUCUUCUCUCGGUGCAAGAAGAUGUAAGUUGAAUCGGGAAUAUUUAUUCACUUUUUUAGAUCUCUCAAUGUUUUUGAAACUUUUCGGGGUUCUUGUUUUGUCUCCCAAUGAAUCUCCAAACCAAUCUGUAAAAAACAAAAAAAAAAUAUUUUCUUCAAAAAUUCAAUUUUGCAGACACCAAAGACAAUGAUAUUGGCAAGCAAAGAAAUGGAACUCUCUCCAACUUUAAAAGGCACACCCGGCCAAGAAAAAACACAAAUAACUGGACCACCCGCAAUUAUCGAAGAAGAUUUAUUCAAUUCAACUGCAUAUUUCAAUCAACCAAUAAAAAUUGUAAAACCAACAACUUAUACAAUGGACGAUGAAAACGAUAAUUAUAAUUAUAUUGGAGGUUCAAGAGAAUUUAUUAAUCCAAAAGAUGGUUAUCCAAUUCCGAAUUCACUCCAACAACAUCAAUAUCAAACUCACAAUUAUCAGCCAAAUAGUCAGCCAAUUUUGAAAUAUGAUCCAAAUCCACCGUUGAGACAUACAAAAGGAACUCAUAAUAAUAUUAGUGUAAAUGCACCAAAUAAUGAUAAUAAUCCAACAAAUGGAGGAGGCCAUAAUUUGUAUUGA